AUGAUUGCACGACUAACAAAUAUAAAAUUUCAUUUUCAGAUAUUACUAUCGCUGUUGUGCAUGGCCUUAGCAGACGAACAAUAUACAGAUAGGUUACAUUUUGAUGUAACUGAUAACAGAGAGUCACUUAUGCCAAAGAUAUCACUGGAUCAUGAUGAGAGUCAUACAUCAGUUCCUUUAAGUCCAGUCAAAGACAGAGAUCUUGUAGAAGAAGUACCAUUAAGUGAUGAUGUCUAUUCAUAUAACACUAAACGAACGUACGAUCGUGUUGAAACUUAUCGAGAACAUAUGGAUCUUUUUAGCAAACGAAACCUUAAAAACCCACCCGAUGGAACAUUUGAUACACUAAAUGCUGAAGCUAAGCUAAAUAAUCCUGGUACUAGUUUACCAAAUCAAUUAACUAAUGUUAACGAUAAUUACAAAUAUAUAAUUGCAAAAUUUAAUGAAAAUAAUAAUGAAAACAAGAAACAAGAACGGUUGCCUCUCACUAAUACUAAGAAACUUGAAAAUAAAAAAGAUGAACAGGAAUCGCCGUCAAAAAUGGAUGAAGAGGAAAUUUUAACCUUCCAAGAAGGUGAUGUGGAUCUUAAAUUGAAAGUUAAUGCUACAAAAGAUUACCAUCCAGAAGACAGAAACGAGAAUGAUGAAUACACAUCAUAUCAAAACAUCCCUACUAACGCUCUAAAUAGUAACAAUGACUUUGUGAGAAAUACUGUAGUGAAUAUAGAUAUUAUAUCGAAUACUUAUAACCCGCAGCAACCUCCUUACCAGUUUUAUCAAAGGACUAAUAGCCCGUCUCCAGUAAAUACUGUACAUAUAUCUAUUGCUACAAAUGUUCCAAAAAGUGAUGUACUGAUAAAUAAUCAAUUAAGAAGAAAUUCAGCAGUACCUAAUACUAUUUUACCUAAUGAUUACAUUCAGCAGCUAUAUAACAACCAAAAUACACAAGAAUUUGACAGACAAUCAACAUCUACAAACCUUCCAAUCAGAGAAAAUAAAACGAAAUUGAUGAAAAAUGCUGCCCAGUAUAAUCCACUAUUCAACAACUAUUAUAGCCCAAGUUCUGUCUUAAUUUAUGUCAAUGGACAACUCAUUUUAGUCCCAGGUAUUAUAUUAAACCCACAGCCAGUUCCAGUACCAAUUCAAAAUGAUGAUAAAGAACAAUUAAAUAUUUUUAUUCAAAGUCCUAGUAAUACUGUAUUUACCAACGGACCAAAUCAAAAUUCAAUAGAAAGGUUCAAUAACUUAGCUCCGACAGUAUCAAAUGCUGAUCCAAAAAGUGGAGUUCAGUUUGAAAACUCACAUCCUGGUCCAGAUACUGCUACUAAUAAUAAUUCCGGGUUCUAUUAUAAAUCUGAUGGAUUUGAGAAACCUAUACCAUACAAUCAAUUGUAA